AUGAACGUCUGCCUUACGACUUUCCUCGCGGCGGUCGCGGCGCUGUCGACGCGCGCCAGUGCUGCAAAGUGCCCCUUUGGCUAUGACCAAGUGGCGGCCGUGAGAGACCAGGACCGCCAGAUCACCCACGAGCUCUACAGCGCCCAGAGCUGCGAUACGAUCGACUAUCGCCUCGUGGCACAGGACCUCGAAAAGCUCAUGAUCGACUCGCAGGACUUUUGGCCCGCGGACUAUGGCCACUACAACGGUCUGUUCAUCCGCCUCGCGUGGCACUGCAGCGGGGCGUACCGUCGCAUGGACGGACGCGGCGGCUGCGACGGCGCCCGCAUCCGCUUCAAUCCAGAGCGCAGCUGGCCGGACAAUACGAAUUUGGACAAAGCACUGCGGCUGUUGGAGCCCAUUAAGGCCAAGUACGGCGACGCCCUGUCCUGGGGCGACCUCAUUGUCUUGUCGGGGGACGUCGCGAUCAAGAGCGCCGGGGGCCCUGUGGUCGGCUUUUGUGGCGGUCGCCUCGACGACGUCGACGGGACCAGCAGCUUGCAACUGGGGCCAUCGAUCAGGCAGGAACGGGUUGCACCGUGUGCUGUGGACGGCCAGUGCAACGAGCCACUCGGUCCGACGACCAUUGGCCUGAUCUACGUGAAUCCCGAGGGGCCAAUGGGCGAGCCCGACCCGGUGGGAUCAGCUCGCGACGUGCGCGAUACGUUCAGCCGCAUGGGGAUGAACGACCGCGAGACCGUGGCGCUCAUUGGCGGGGGCCACGCGAUUGGCAAGACACACGGUGCGUGCCCGACUGGUCCUGGUUUGUCCCCGCUCGAGGCCCCUGAGAACCCGUGGCAAGGAACCUGUGGCGAAGGCCCAAUGCGGGGCAAGGGUAACAACACGUUCACCAGUGGCUUCGAAGGUGCGUGGACGUCGACGCCGACCAAGUGGAGCAACGAGUACUUCCGGAGCUUGACCACCUACGAGUGGGAAAAGGUCGUCAGCCCAGGAGGCCGUGUGCAUUGGCGCCCUGUUCCCGACACGAAUCCGCCUGUGCGGAUGGUCACGGCCGACAUUGCACUGCUGCACGACGAGAGCUUUCGCACCCUUUCGCUCGAGUUCGCUGCGGACCCGGCAGCUCUGGACGAAGCUUUUGCCAACGCCUGGUACAAGCUCAUGUCGCGUGACAUGGGCCCCGUUGCUCGCUGUCGUGGCAACGACAUUCCUCCUGUCCAGCCGUUUCAGCACCCGCUGCCACCGACCCCUGCGACGUUACCGGAUUUCAAUGCCGUGCGGCUGGACAUUCGGGAGCUGCUCAGGAAACCCGUGGCCGGUCUCCCGAGCGACGGGGCCAGCGAUGGGACGCCCUACAACGGCGCUCUGUUUGUGCAUGCAGCGUGGCAAUGUGCGUCGACGUUCCGCAUCACCGACUACGCCGGAGGCUGCAACGGGGCCAAGAUUCGGUUCGCGCCGCAGAAAGAUUGGCCUGUGAACGCUGGCGUGGACAAGAUCAUUGCUGCGCUCGAGCCGAUUAAGACCAAGUACGCGACGCUCUCGACCGCUGAUCUGAUUGUGCUGGCUGGACAAGUUGCGCUGGAAGAAGAGACCAACGUGAAGAUCGACUUUCUCGGGGGGCGCACAGACGGCGUGAGUGGCGAGGAGGAUGAAAGCCUAGCCCCGCGUGAGAACUACCCUUCGGUUGUGGCCAAGGUGCUCGACGAUAUCAGGAUCCUGGGGGUAUCGCAGGCAGAAGCCGUGGCUUUGGCUGGUCGACCGCGUAGCGUGGAGCAGCAGAAGGUCCUGGGCUACAGCGGCUCGUACUCGCAGAACUCGGCUACGUUCUCGAACGAGUACUUCCAGAUCCUGUUGACUCAGCAGUGGAGUCGGACGGGCGCAGACGAGUUCAGAGCUGACGGCAAGGGCGAGAGCUAUUACAUGAUGGCAACGGACGUAGCGCUGAUGGAGGCGCCCGAGCUCAAGAAGCUGGUGGAGCAGUUUGCCAAUGACGAGGUCCUGUUCAAGCGCGUGUUUGCAUCGGCCUGGGCCAAGGUCAUGACGGCUGACCAUUUCAACGCCAGCAGCUAUUGA